CAACAACCACAGCAGCACCAACCACCACCACAACAACCACAGCAGCACCAACCACCACCACCACCACCACCACACUAAAUCCAGUCAUCAUCACAGCGUAUCCAACUACCACAACUGUUCCAACCACCACAAUGAACACCAAGGGGCUUUAUAGGCCAUCAAUCCCUCCUUUAAGCAAACUUCCUUUGGAUUUCUCUGUUCAUGUGGACUCGCACCAUGCUCCUUCUUGUCUUGACGGUGAUUACUUUCCUGUUUUCUUGGCACCAACUCCGGCAAACAAAGCUUAUCUUCCUGCAUUUAUAAACCAGCCUCUUGAAAUAAAAGUCAGAUCCAUGGCUCAGUACACAACGAUUCACGACUUGCUUGUUGUCGGACCUGCUGGAAUAUUAAAGGAGAAAGUCUCUUCAGACACAUACGUCCUAAAAUGGACCCCAUCUCAAAAUCAGCUGUAUGAUUAUCUCCCGAUUUGCUUCAUAUCUGAGGCAAGAGACCAGCUCGACCAAGUCUAUCAUUCAGAACUACGCUGUGUGACUGUCAGUGGUGAACAUCAUGAGGCCAAAGUGACCUGCAAUGAAACGACAAUGUCUGUGGAGGUGGAAAAGACCUUCCUUAUCAGGCGCAACGAAGACAUAUUGCAUUUCAAUGAGUUUACAGACUCUUCAUGCAACUUGAGCACACUUUCCAACACUAGCCACCUGGUUGCUGUCAUGUCGCUGGACAGCUGUGGAACCCUUGUGGAGGAAGAUGACGAUAACAUUAUCUUUACCAACGUGAUCACAUCUGCGGAUAAAAGGGAAAUCAUUUCCAGGCACCACGACGUUGAGGUUGCAUUUUCCUGCUCCUUUCCAAAGCGAGCUAACCUGACUCUGGGAUUCAGACACAAAAACCCAUACGCCUUUAAUGAGAAGGGCUUUGGUGCCUUCACCAUCAACUUUGAGUUCUUUGAGAGCCAACGUUUCACAAAGCAAGUGGAUGCCAGCAGCUACCCGGUAGAAGUUUACAUGAAGCAGAUGAUCUUCAUGCAGAUCGAGACCACCACCUCCAUCCCCAACACCGAGCUGUUUGUGGAGUCCUGCAGGGCGACUCCCUAUGACAACCCAAACUCCCGCAUCAGCUACACCAUCAUCGAAAAUGGAUGUAUGAAGGACAGAACAGCAGUAAUCUACCCCAGCUCCAAGACUCAGUUCAGAUUUGGAAUGGAGGCUUUUGAGUUCAUUGGAGCUCAUGAGGAGGUCUACAUCACCUGCUCCAUCCUCCUGUGUGACAUCGGUUUUCCUGGAACCCGGUGCUCUCAGGGAUGCAUCAGAUCCGACACGUGGAACAACCGCAGGAAAAGGGACGCUCCAGCUGAGACGAGCAGCCACUCAAUCUCCCAGGGUCCUUUGCGCCUCAUUAAGACUUCUGACACUAAGGGAUCCGGCCUGAAUCUGAAUCUGAGUCUGAACCAAAUCUUGGUUGUCGGCUGUUUUCUGGUAAUUGGAGCGAUCAUCUACCGAGCCCGGAGAACCAGAACUAAAUACCAACUGGUUCCAAUUUCUGAACCACAAUAACUUUAAAUCUUCUUCCAAAAUUCAAUUUCUUUCUUUUAGAAAACAUUACUGGUUUGAAGGUGAAUAAUUGUAUGUACUAAAAAGGCUUUAUUAUUUCAAAAACUAAAACAAAAUUUGUUUUUGCUUGACACAUUGUGUCACAUUGUUGUAAUCCAAAUAUUCUGCAAUCAAACAUUUUAUGAUUUUAUAAAGAUGAAAUAUCUUUGAACAAAUGGGUAUCAGAGACACUUGUUGUAAUUUAGCAGUUUAUUUUUUUAUUAACUUUGGUUGUGGGAUGAAAAUUUGACCAAGUUGUGCAUUUUGACGUAAAAUACAUUUUCUGCCUUUAAGUCUUUAAACCCGAUAGAAAAAUCAAAGUCCUUUGAACUUUUUUGUGCCGCCGACGCCAAUUAAAAAAUAUACUUUAAAGACAA